AUGAAGUUUCUGAGCACCUUCGUUACCACCGCGCUCCUCGUGGGCAGCACCCUAGCUGCUCCACGCACCCUCAAAGAACGCGUGCAAGCCCGCACAUCCUCCCGCCAAUCAAACCCCAACCAGCGCCUCGCCACCACCGACGCCGACCAAAGAGCCUUAACUGACAUCCAAUACAGCAACAACUGGGCCGGCGCCGUCUACGAACAACCACCCCCGGAGGGCUCCUGGUCCUACGUCUCAGGCACCUUCACAGUCCCGGAACCAAAAGCCGUCGGCGAGGUGAAAGAAGGUAGCGUCACUGCGGGAUCCGCGUGGGUCGGAAUUGACGGCGAUACCUACGGCGCAGCGAUCUUGCAGACGGGCGUGGACUUUUAUGUCGAGGCGGAUGGGAAUGUGCAUUAUGAUGCGUGGUACGAGUGGUACCCGGAUUACGCGUACGAUUUCCAACUGAAGUUCAAGCCGGGUGAUGUGGUGAAUCUCGUCGUUGAGGCGUACUCGUCUAGCUGGGGUUAUGUGCAAAUCGAGAAUCUAUCGACCGGCGAAACGGCAACGCAAAUCCUUAGGGCACCGUCGGAAAAGGCCGUGCUGGCUGGUGAGAAUGCGGAAUGGAUCGUCGAAGACUUCCAGUCUGGCGGCGAGCUGGUGAACCUGGUUGAUUUCGGCACUGUUAUGUUCACAGAGGCGCAGGCGCAGGCUGGCCACAAGGUGUACGGGGUCAAGGACGCGUCGAUUAUCGAGCUGAAGCAGGGCGACAAUGUGAUUACCGAGACGACGAUCAUCAGUGACGAGGAGUUCAAUGUGAAGUACACGGGCUAG